AUGGACGACGAGGUCGAAGCUACUCAACCCUCCACUCAACCCGCUACCCAACAACAGCAACAACCGGAGCGUCAAAAGGUCGCGCCAGACCCGAAUAUACUCCUAAUACUUCACCCUGCAUCGCCAGCCGCCAACAUCGCCGUCGCUUAUCUAGCCCGUAGAUACCCCGCCUAUGUUCGGAACCAUGUGGAAUCAAGCCUACCUGGUUAUAUCUGUCUCACCAGCUCGGUACCUCCUAAGAACCCCGACGCCGGCUUCACAUUUGGCCGUAAUCCAGUCAAGUGUGAUGUCGCUCUUGGACAACAAUCGAGUUCGCGCAGAGUCAGCAAUGUCCAUUUCCGUGUCUUCACUACCGACGAGGGCGUCAUUAUGCUCGAGGACUGUUCAACGAAUGGUACCUGGGUAGAUAACGUGUGCCUGCAGUCUCCAAGGGCACUCGCUAACCGUCAUCAGACACACGCAUCUAAUACUCGUCGAAGGAUUCUAACGAAUAGUUCUCAGAUUCUUCUGGCUCUUGGACCUGUUGAGGAUGAGUUGAAGUUCAUCGUUGACCUGAAGAGCACAAGUUCGAAGGCGUGGGAGCAAAUUCGAGGCGCCAACCGACCAGUAGGGAAAAAUGGUAUGUUGCCGCCUGGUCGUCGGCCACAAGCUGGCCAAGGCCAUGGCACGGACGCGACAUCAGAGCAAUAUCCAUUCCCCGACGGUUGGACUGGUGAGAACGGCAUAUAUGAAGUUGGAGAUAUUGUCGGUAAAGGUGCUUUCGCUAUCGUCAGAAAGCUUACCCAGAAGUCGACGGGUAGUUUGUACGCCGUCAAGAUCAUCAACAAGCGUGUUUUUGGCCCACAAGAAGAAUCCGGACGAAAGAACGGAAAGGCGAGGUAUCUUGGUGUUUUGAAAGAGGUUGAGAUUAUGGAGCAACUGAAGCAUCCAAAUAUCAUACACUAUGAAGAAUACAAAGAGAUGCCCCGUCAACUCUACAUUCGAAUGGAAUAUGUUGGCUUUGGCGACCUUAGUGACUACGUCAAAGGCCGCGGAGCCAUGCCCGAGGACCUCACUCGAAUCGUCACCCAACAAGUCAAUAAUGCCCUGGUUUUCAUUCACGGGUUAAACAUCUCGCAUCGAGAUAUCAAGCCCGACAAUAUCCUCAUCAAAAGCGAGGAUCCCCUCGUUGUUAAACUGAGCGACUUUGGUCUCGCUAAAAUGAUCACGGAGGACCAAGACUUCAACAAGACAUUCUGCGGAACAAUGCUGUAUCUUGCCCCAGAGGUUUUUCCCACUGUGGUUGGGGUUCAAAACCCGGUUACUAGAAAUAUUAAAUACCAUAAGGAAAACCGGCGCUACAGCCACGUUUGCGAUAUGUGGUCGCUUGGAUGUGUCGUUUACACGCUUCUUACCGGUGAUCCGCCCUUCACUGGAGCUACUCAGGAAGAGAUCCAGCAGAAGAUUUGUGCGGGUAACUGGGAUGUUGCUAAGCUCUCGAAAUGUGGAAUAUCCGAGAUCGCCAUCGAUCUCGUAAAAAAGUUCCUAAUCACUGACCCCACAAAGCGAUUGAACGAGAAGGAGGCGCUGCGACACCCUUGGCUUGAGGAUGGCACAUCUGAAGACGACUGCAGCCAAGGAGCUAUGCCCCCAUACAUUGAUGAAGACGAAGAAGAGGUUCUCUCGCAGCAGAUUGAAGUCUGGGAAGAAGUCAAGGGUCGACUGGAGAAACAAGAUCCAGCACGAUUAUCAGAUGUCGACGUCCGCGACUUGCUUAAGACACGAGUUCAGCACGUUCAGGAUCAUGAGGGCGACGUGGAAAUAGAAGGGUCACAGGAACAAGCUCGCAGACUUGAACGAGAACGGGAGCGAGAGCGGGUAACCGUACCCUCCUCACAACUUCGGCAGGUGCAUAAUGCGGACUCGCUCGACAAAACGGUUGUCCCGCCCUUGCGCCGCCGUGUCCUCGACAACAGCCUUCUUGGACCGCCAGAGGAUGAAGAGUCAUUUGAAGGAUCGGAUGUCAACUCUGAAAUUGCAGGUUUGAGGGAUUACCCGGACAACCGUAUCCAGGAAGAUGAAGCCGAAGUCAGCAGCCCCGACAACGCCUACGAGGAGAGCGGGGUAUUUGGCCGAUCUCAUGUUUCCGAGAUGGAGGCCAGUGACGAAGAAUCACAGUUCUACGGAUUACAAGCUGGGCGUGUCGCGGACUCAAUGAUCUCGUCCGAGGGUGAAUACGAUUCAUUUGUUGGAAUUGCUAAAACACCUAUUUCAGAUCGUUCGAUGACAGUUCCACGGCGACGGACCCCUGGGCCAGACGGCAGAAGCCUGGCAGGUAUGCGCACUAUGGUUGGCAACCUCAAUGUCGCUUCUAUGGCCUCUGAGUCCAUUUUGCAUAGAAAAGGCUCAGGGAGGUUAACAACGGAUGAUAGAGUCACAAAACGAGGUUCCUCUCCAAGCCUACGAAGGAAAUCUUCACCGCAUGACGUUCCAAGCUACCUCUCCCGACUCCCUCUAGAGAAUAAAAUGUCUAUUAUUGACUCCGAGGGCAGUAAUGCUAAUCACGACGACGCCUCUACUCACGAAGUCGCCAUGGCCAAGACCGACUCCUUAACUACUAGAAACGAGUAUGGACUUGAAAAUGAUGUCGCCGGACAUGAUGAACCUCAGCAAGAAAUUGAAGCCGAAGCAUAUCUCUCACCCUCCCAACAGUCAAGUUUUUCCCGCCCCAAAUCCAUCUGGGGUCGCCUUAACCCCCUCCCUUGCUCCAUUAAUCACGAGCCAAUCAAUCUUGUUGACCAGCACGUUCGAUAUGGUCGCUCAUCCGCUUGUGUUUGCUUUGUUUCUGACACUCGCGUCUCUAAACAUCAUUUCGUCCUCCUCUUCGCCCACGAAGAUGACAUCGAGACAUUAGCUAACUCCACGGAGAACGAAGAGUCAUUCACCCCCCAUCCCCAAAUGAAAGCUUGGAUCAAAGUUCUCGGUACCAACGGCAUCAUCCUUCACGGACGUAGGCUCUCCAAGAAUGACUUUUUCCGGGUCUUCGACCAGGACGAUAUCAUCAUUUUUAGAGAUAGAAACGAGUUCCUUGGCUUCAGAAUCGAUCUCAUGGUUGGGGAUCAUGGGAGAACAGCACAGGAUCUGAAGUUCGAGAGGGAUUGGGAUGCGAUGAGGGCUUACCAGAUUGCUGCCGCAAAGCAGGCGAGGAUGGGGCUUCCAGGUCCAACCCAACCCAUUAAUAGUUUGGAAUCCCAGUUUAGGGCUCAGCAGCAGCAGCAGACAACGAGGAAGGAAAACGUACCCCUCCAUGAUCAGCCAAUGUCUGAUACCUAA